AUGGCACACCAAAAGAAAGGCAAUAAAUGGGAAGUAGAAGAUGCUAAAUUAUGUACAGUUUGUUAUAAGUCUGAAAUGGCCCCUUUUAAGCCAGCAAGAAAAGAAUAUGCACGUAGCACGGAGAAAAUGGAAACAGUUGAAGUCCAAGGUGUUAAAACCGACCAGGUAUAUGAUU